ACAGCAACAGCAACAGCAGCAGCAUGUCCUCAUCCUCGAAUUCCCAUCAUCCCGAGCAGUCCUCCUUCAAGCUUCCCACCCCCGAGUCGUUGGCAAAUGCGCCGGCUCUGGACCCGGCCAGCCACGCGCGGAUGGCGGCGGCGGUUGGCUCGGCUCCCGGCAGCGGCCUUGGGGCUGAUUUGAUUGAGCACGAGUUGGCGCCCGGGAUUUUUCUCGUGGGCUCUCGAGAUAAGUUGAUGAAGAAUGCCGCCAACCCGCCGGCCGCUGCGGCCCCUGCCAGACCGCCAGUCAAUACUGUGAGCGCCAACAAUGUCGAGCUGAUGCGGCUGGAGCUGCAGCAGGCCCUCUUGUCGCUGAAAUGCCUGCGGCACACACAGCGCGAGCUCCAGCCCUUCGCCGAUGCAGGGGACGCUGACGCGGCGGAGGCCAUCACCGAGAAUGACCCCAUCAUCGACAAGACCGUGGCCCAAAUUGCCAGCCUGCGUCGGGAGAUCGGGAAACUCGGUGGCAAUUGUGAUGCCCUGCCUGGGCUGGAGGAGUUCGAUCAGGAGGAGCGCAUCCGCCAGGGCCUGGCCGCUGGCGGGGAGCUUCUCUAAGUGGCGGCCACAUGCGGGGGCCACCACGUGGAGUACAUCCACCGAAAAUACAUCCGGCUGCUGUUCGAGCACUGUCAUGCUGGCUGCCAAGUGGGCCUGCGGAGCCAACAGGAAGGAUCCCUCGCGUGGCUGGUAGGAGACUUUAUUUCGGUAUACAAGAGGCAGGGGGGAGGGAGGGAGGGAGGGA